AAGCGGAUUGCUCCUUUUUUUCCGGCUUCUGGACACCCUCAAACGUCCGCGUUCGCUCCAUUACACGGCGAACCCGCCACCAAAGUCCAGACGAAUCCAUCCACCGUGACGGGCGUCCCCGAGCGGUACUCAAAGAUGAAUCCCGAAUAUGACUACUUAUUCAAACUGCUGCUGAUUGGAGAUUCCGGCGUUGGAAAGUCUUGUCUGCUGCUUCGCUUUGCAGAUGAUACGUACACAGAGAGCUACAUCAGCACCAUCGGCGUGGACUUCAAGAUCCGGACCAUCGAGCUGGACGGGAAGACCAUCAAGCUGCAGAUUUGGGACACGGCCGGCCAGGAGCGCUUCCGCACCAUCACGUCCAGCUACUACAGAGGCGCGCACGGCAUCAUCGUGGUGUACGACGUCACCGAUCAGGAGUCGUUCAACAACGUGAAGCAGUGGCUCCAGGAGAUCGGCCGCUACGCCAGCGAGAACGUCAACAAGCUGCUAGUGGGCAACAAAUGCGACCUGACCACCAAGAAGGUGGUGGACUACACCACGGCCAAGGAGUUUGCCGACGGCUUGGCCAUCCCCUUCCUGGAAAGCAGCGCCAAGAGCGCCACCAACGUGGAGCAGGCCUUCAUGACCAUGGCGGCCGAGAUCAAGAAGAGGAUGGGCCCCGGCGCCGCCGCCGCCGGCACCGAUAAGUCCAACGUCAAGAUCCAGAGCAAGCCCGUCAACACCUCGUCCGGAGGCUGCUGCUGAUUUGGCGGCCGGCGAGCUCGCCACAAGGAGCUUUGAGACGGUGCGUGCAGACGCAACGCAACAAAUUGGACACCCGAGUCAGCAAUAGCACGGGAGCUGGCUGGCAGUCUGCUUUUUUUUGUCUUCACACACACCGGUCCAGGUCCCCUUUUUAAUCCACACACACACACACUUUUGUUUUCUUUUUGUUUGUGUCUUCACAUUGUCCUCAUUUUGCAACGCAGCACACGCUGGGCACAGGCGCGAUCUUCCAUCUCGUACCUUCUGGCUGCUCUUAGCGGGGCCCGACAACCACGCCACGGGAUCCCCCCCCCCCCCCCCCCCCUUCUCUCUCAAAUGUAAAUACGUGCCGCUGUGUGCUAGCAUGAUGCUAAGCGGCAGGCGUGUGCUCCAUUGUGGCCCGGCCAUCUGUAAAGUGUAUAUAUGACACCAAGUCCAUUAAACAAUGAAGGAGAUGUUUGAUACCUCGCUUGCAUUGACUUUUCUACGUUUUUUCCACUUGGCGUUGGAACGCCAAUUCCAACAAUCCAUGACAGUUCCAAACUAUUUGCUGUCCAAAUUUGAGUCAGUCAUUUGGGCCUGCUGAUGCAAGGGUGUGCAACAGGUAAUGUUUUGCUUCACCUUUAAAAAAAGAAAAAUAAACUAUUCAGAGCCCCAAACA